UCUUUUCCCAUUCUUCACUCACUCACACACACCAGCAGCACCAGCUCGGUCCAUCCCAAAUCCUGGAAUAAUGAAAUCAGACAUCAUGUGGAUUCAUCAAGCUCUUCUGUGUGUCUUACUGUCCGUUGAUAUGGAGUGCAGGAAACAGACAUUGCAGAAGUAUCAGAAAAGUGAAAACACUAGGCUUCUGUGUCUGGACUGUCCAGACUCCCAACGCAUCAGAAAACUCUCAUUGGAUGACUGCGCACGCAAAUGCAACAAGAGCAAGAAGUCCUGCAGGGCAUUCUACUUUGACCACAUAAACAGGAAAUGCCACAUGCUUCCCUUCGAUCAUUUCUCUGAAGGCGCACAGAGAGAACGAAAAACCAAUUGUGACCUUUAUGAGAAGAAAGACUAUGUGAGGGAGUGCAUCACUGGGUCAGGUGUCAACUACAAGGGCAGAAGAUCAUUGACAAAGACUGGAAUUAAGUGUCAAGCCUGGAAUAUGUCUGUCCCACAUGAGCACAAUUUCAAGCCUGCCAGACACAAAAGGUUUGACCUGCGUCAGAACUUCUGCCGAAACCCGGAUAAUGACCCGAGUGGUCCCUGGUGCUUCACUGAACUCACUGAGACUCGCCAUCAGGAAUGCGGGCUGCCCCAAUGUUCAGAAGUGGAGUGCAUGAAGUGUAAUGGAGAAACAUAUAGAGGACCUAUGGAUCACACCGAAAGUGGAAAAGAGUGCCAGAGAUGGGACUCACAGAAGCCUCAUAAACACACCUACCAACCACACAGGCAUGUUGGUAAAGGCCUGGAUGACAACUACUGCCGUAACCCUAAUAAUGACAUACGUCCAUGGUGUUACACGAUGGACAAAAACACUCUUUGGGAGUACUGUAACAUCAGCGUGUGUGACUCAGAUAAAGACAUAGAAGUGGACGUGACCACCUCUUGUUUUCGGGGUCAGGGUGAGGGGUACAGGGGUACAGUUAAUGUGACCCCUGCAGGGGUGAUCUGUCAGCGCUGGGAUGCCCUGUUUCCCCAUAAUCAUUCUUACACACCGCACAACUAUAAAUGCAAGGAUCUAAGGGAGAACUUUUGCCGAAACCCGGAUGGUUCCGAAAUUCCAUGGUGCUUCACCACAGACCCAAAAGUACGAAAAGCUUUCUGUACUAACAUCCCCAGAUGUGAGUCGGUGAGCUCUGACAGCACAGAGUGUUAUGAAGACAACGGGGAGAGUUACCGUGGUAAUUUGUCAAAAACGAGAUCUGGUAUUCCAUGUGGACUGUGGUCGGACCACACAUUCAGGAGAGACACACGGUCAGCGGAGGCCAGUGCAGGCUUAGAGUUGAACUUGUGCAGGAAUCCUGACCGAGAUAAGCAUGGGCCAUGGUGCUACACUUCCAACUCCUCCAUUCCCUGGGACUAUUGUGGACUAGAGCGCUGUAAAUCAAUGUUGUUUGAUGACCUUCAAAAGACAGGUGGAGGCCCAAAACCAUCCUGUUUCGUACACAAAACAACACGGAUUGUUGGGGGUAUGAAGGUUCAGCGGGCGGAGGAUGGGAGCUGGGUGGUCAGUAUUCAAAAAGGGAACAGUCACUGGUGUGGUGGCUCUCUUAUCCGAGAGGAAUGGGUUCUUACCGAUCAACAGUGCUUCUCCACCUGUGUUCCUGAUCUCUCGGAGUACACCGUGCAGGUGGGACUUCUCCAUCUCAAUUACUCCACCAGCACACAGGGUCUCCGGAUCGCACAUGUGGUCUGCGGGCCCGAGGGAUCCAACUUGGCCCUGCUCAAACUAACAACGCCUGCCCCCCUCUCUGAGCAUGUGCGAACUGUGCAGCUUCCUGUGGCAGGAUGUGCUGUUGCUGAAGGCACCUACUGCCUCAUGUACGGCUGGGGAGACACUAAAGGCACAGGUCACGAGGGCAGCCUGAAGAUGGUGGGACUUCCAGUUGUCAGUAACAAGAGGUGUUCUCAAAGCCACAAAGGCAUUCUGCCAAUCACUGAGACCAAAAUCUGUGCUGGAGGCAAAAGAGACCAGGGUGUUUGUGAGAAAGACUACGGUGGCCCAUUGGUGUGCCAGGAACGAGAGAGCAAAGUCAUUGUGGGUGUCAGCAUCAACGGCCGUGGGUGUGCUGUUGCCAGGCGCCCUGCAGUAUUUGUUAACGUGGCGUUUUACUCUGAGUGGAUCCACAAAGUCUUCAAAUACUAUUCAGACAUGGAGAUAAAUUACUAGAACCUUCCUGACAGUUCCUCACCCAUGAGGUGAACAAAUCUCAAGGCACAUGUUGUUGUACGAUUAGUAUACAAAUGAUACAAAUGACUUGAAGGCCAGAUGUUUGAUUGUUUUUCUUCAGAUUGAAUUAAAACCACUGGUACGGAAAAGGUGCAAGACAUGAAUAACUGAGAUCCUAAACUGCAAAGACAGUUUAGGCAUCAGACAAUUAGACAUGUCAUUUUUAAAACCAUCAAGCGGCUGUUGUGGCUGGUGAGUGAGCACUCAAAAAUCCCAGAAAGAUGGAAAUCAAUUAGGAGAAACUGUAGCAUUCGUUCAAAUGAAGAUAUUUGUCUCAGACCAGAACAGAUGUGUUCUAGGUGUCAUUCCCUGGAGAUCAUUGAAGAUGGCGAUAAUCCGAAGUUUUCAGAAAAGACAGAGCUUUGGUUUCCACUCUGAGGGGUUUCUAUAGAUUCCAACAGAUCACUGGGGUGUUAACAGUUGAAUUUCACUUGCAUCUCACUAUUCCCUUACAAAGGGAAUAAAUUAGAUAAAUUUAGACGUAUUAUUACUGCAAUAAUGGAAAAUGCAGGAAUACUGCAUCCAAAUUGCCACACUUGUACUGCGGCACUGAAACUGCAGAAAAACUGCGUCCAAAUUACCACACUUGUAUUGGAGUAUGGAAAACUGCAGAAAUAUUGCGUCCAAAUUACCACAUUUGCACUGCAGUACAGAAGACUGCAGAAAUAGUGGGUACAAAUUACCACACAUGUAUUGCAUUAAAGAAAACAGCAGGAAUACUGCAUCCAAAUUACCACAUUUGUACUGCACUAUAGAAAACUGCAGGAAUUCUGCAUCCAAAUUACCACACUUGUACUGCUCCUGCAUUUCCACACUUGUACUGCUACUGAACUACACCUACACAACCUGCGCAUUGCAAUAUUUUAAACUAAACAUUCACUAGUGAAUAUAAAAUUAUAAAAUAAACAAGAAAUUGGCAAUGUUAAAGGCAUGCAUUUUCACAAAUUAUCAGAGCAAGUGUCAAGAACAUGUGAUACAGUACAUGCAGUACACAAUACAGUACAUGACCUCUAAAAUGCAGUACUUUAAUGUAUAGAACACCCACCAUUGACAGUGAUUAAUGUAAAAUGUUUAAUCGCAUGAUUUGUUUUAGUUAAUCGCAGAUUUUGAAAAUUCCAAAAUAUGACUCUAUACAUGCUUCUUUUCCUUUCAAAAUGCAUUUAGUUAAUACUUAAAAAAGAAAAGAAAACAAUGUGCAACUAUACUGUUUUAUUAAUAUUUUCCAAACAAAGCCUGUUACAGUAUUGUGGUAUAAAAGCACUAAAAUAGCACCAAGCAACAUGAAAAGUUUCCCAAAGUCUAAUUGGGAGGUACACAAAUUGAAAGAACUUGUCCCCAUAGAUUUGCGUAUUCACUGUAACACACAGUAAAUAUCAAAUCCUCCACACUAUUAAUUGUCUGACAGGCUGUGGCUGUUCACUCGUGAAGUCGAAUUCAAAUGAUUUGCAUUGCUUCAAACUCCACAUGAAAAGCGCUGUGUCUUGAGUCUAAUUACCUAAUGUUUUUUGACAAAAACCAAGGUCAUGCAGUAAUUUAUGAAAGCAUAGGCAAAGUGCUCCUUGUUCCCUCUGUUUACUCUUUAGAAUGAACCAACUAUUCAACUAAACCGUACACCCCGUAAUACUAAUAUUACAUGCGACUGACCACAUGAGAAGCAAAUUUCCAGGUUCCGUAGGAUGACCGAACUCGCUCUUCCACCAUGAAUUAAUUGUCAUCUGAAUGCAUGAGUUUUAUAACAGAGGAGCCAUGCAAAUUUUAUUUUAAAGAUGUCACCCUGAGAAACAAUUACUGCCCAAAUAGGGCUUUGUUUUGCUUUCAGCGCUAAUACUGACCACAAAAUGAAAUUCCAUCCAAAUAGUCUGGUGAGACGGAAGCACAAUAAGGGGGCCGAGGGAACGCUGAUUGCUUCACUCCGAGUUGUGUGAAUGUGGCUUUAGUUUGCUGUGUCUGGGUUUGAUUUGUACAAAAAAAUACUGUUAAGAGGUCCUUUCUCCAACACUUUGAUGCUGUAUGUUUGUUUGUGGUGUGUGUGUGUCCCUGCGUAAGGUCCCCCGUUACAUCUCAAAGGUUCCUCCUUACUGUAACUAGUGUUAAGAUCUCACAAAGAGCUGAAUAGAUUUCCAGACUCUAAUGUCAAAUUGGAAAUUAAGUUUAUUGCGUAAAAAAGAAAAAUGCAUCAAACAUUGUAAAUUAAUCCUAUACAUUCAUUUCGACAGCCCUAGAUUAAAUACUCUAGAAUGGCAGUUUUGUUUAAUGUGAAAACUGGGUAACACUUUAUUUGGAUGGUCCCAAGUAGAUAUUUAA